AUGACCCUGCCUCGGACGAGCGCCGGUGGUGCUACCCUCCUCAGACGGCCUACUCUUUUGCAGUCUGGAGCUGGAGAAAGCAACCCAGGCUUCACGCUGGCCGGCCCUCCAGAGCCGGCCGUCGCGAACCAACACCAGCCUUACGUUGACCCGGGCUAUUCGCAGCUGAACCCAUCCUACGAGCAGCCGAUCAAUGUGCGGCCGGUAUGGGGUCUUGCAAAACCACUCCCACGUGUCAUCCGGCCUGGUAUGGUGCCGACGCCCUUAUCUGGGACGCCGGCUGAGAAUCCCGACCUGGAACAGAAAGGGGAAUUUCCGUUCGAGUUCCCUAAUCCGGACCCUGAAAAAGGUAGAGUGGAUGCUGGUAUCAACCUGGGAAAGGUCUCAUCACGGCUUAAUGAUCUUAGAGAACAACGCGAGGCGAACUUCCUUCAGAAAGUGGGUUCGCGGACUGUUCCACCGCCCUCGACGCUCGCGCCAACGGCCAGCCAGCAAAGCCCAGGAAGAGAGUCGCCGGUUGAACCACAACAGGGAGCACCGUCGACGUUGACACCGCAUGCCGAGGAGCCGGAGGCUGAGGAAGCGGCGGACGAGGCUGCGAGCCAAUCGUCCCACGCACAUCCUUCUUCCAGACACCAGGCAUUUUCCUUCCAAGGACGUUCAAGCCUGGCCCAGGGACGGUCCGAGGAUGGCAUGCCUACUACCCAGUAUGGCUAUCGGGAUGACGUGUCUGAGGCCGCCACCGAGUUUGACGACCAGGCCAACUGGGCCGAUGAACCCGCCGACCUGGCUCUGCAUGAGUUUGACAUAGAGGACGAGAUUCACAAUAACCACACGCAUUGGAGUGUCAUACGGACAAAGUUCCGCGAGCCUUUGGCUGAGCUGCUAGCUACCACGGUCCAACUGACGUUGGGCUUCUGCGCCGAUCUCGCAGGCACCACGACGGAUGGCGGGAGCUUGGACCCAGGCUCGACGAGCUUAGCUUGGGGCCUGGCGUCUAUGAUUGGGAUCUACAUCGCUGGUGGUAUUUCCGGUGCUCACCUCAACCCGGCGGUGUCCAUCAUGCUGUGGAUCUACCGCGGUUUCCCACUGCGUAAAGUGCCCGGCUACGUCUUCGCCCAGGUGCUUGGCGCCUUCCUCGCGGCCCUUAUCUCCUACGGCCUGUACCGCACUAGCAUCUUGGCAUACGGCGGCGCAAACCUGGCCACGGGCGGCACGGCCAACGCGUUCCUGACGAACCCGCGCUACGCCUACAUUGACGCGUCGACGGCCUUUUUCAACGAGUUUGUGCCCACGGCCAUUCUGGCCAUUGCCAUUCUCGCGCUGGGUGACGACACGAACGCGCCACCGGGCGCGGGCAUGAGCGCCUUCAUCAUGGGCAUGGUCAUCACGUGCGAAAGCAUGGCGUUCAGCCACGGGACGGGCAACGCGAUGAACCCGUCGCGCGACUUUGGGCCGCGGCUGGCGCUGCUGGCGCUGGGGUACGGCGGGGGCACGUUCCGCAACGCGUGGUGGGUGUACGGGCCGUGGUGCGCGACGAUAUCGGGCGCGGUCGUCGGCGGCGCCCUCUACGACGUUGCCAUCUUUGUUGGUGGCGAGAGCCCCAUCAACUACCCUGCGCGCCGCAUCAAGCGCGCGAACCGCAAGUGGCGCAGGAAGUGGGCGCGGAGACUGCAUUUGCAGAGGAGGGGUGGUGGCAGGAGCGCAGAGGUUCCUUUCGACAAGAGGUAUACUUAG